AGAAUUUCUCAUACAAACACUAUCUUUCUCAUGCGUUGAAUUUUUUUGUGAGUUUUAUCUUCAAAUUUGUUGUUGUUUUCGUUGUUGCUGCUGUUGUUUGAUCGAGGAUGGGAGUUCCGGCGUUCUACCGGUGGCUGGCGGAGAAGUAUCCGAUGGUGGUGGUCGAUGUGGUCGAGGAGGAGGCCGUGGUCAUCGAGGGGGUCAAAAUUCCGGUGGACACGAGCAAGCCCAACCCUAACAACCUCGAGUACGAUAAUCUGUACCUGGACAUGAACGGGAUUAUCCACCCAUGCUUCCACCCGGAGGACCGACCUUCUCCAACCACAUUUGAUGAGGUGUUCCAAUGUAUCUUUGACUAUAUAGACAGGCUUUUUGUGAUGGUCCGACCAAGGAAACUGCUUUACAUGGCUAUUGAUGGUGUGGCCCCAAGGGCUAAGAUGAAUCAACAGCGGUCAAGGCGUUUCAGGGCAGCCAAAGAUGCGGCUGAUGCGGCAGCUGAAGAAGAAAAGUUGCGUGCAGAGUUUGAGAGAGAAGGCAGGAAGCUUCCACCCAAACAAGAAUCUCAACUUUUUGAUUCUAAUGUCAUCACUCCUGGAACGCCUUUUAUGGCUGUGUUGUCAGUUGCUCUGCAGUACUAUAUUCACCUUAGAAUAAACCAUGACCCUGGAUGGAAAAAUGUCAAGGUUAUACUCUCUGAUGCAAACGUUCCUGGUGAAGGGGAACACAAAAUUAUGUCUUACAUCCGUCUUCAAAGGAACCUCCCUGGUUAUGAUCCAAAUACCCGUCAUUGUCUUUAUGGGUUGGAUGCUGAUUUGAUCAUGCUGGCUCUGGCUACUCACGAAGUUCAUUUCUCUAUUCUGAGAGAGGUUGUAUUUACUCCGGGGCAACAAGACAAAUGCUUUAUUUGUGGUCAAGUUGGUCACCUAGCUGCAGACUGCGAAGGGAAGCCAAAGAGAAAGGCAGGAGAAUUUGAUGAGAAAGAUGCUGAAAUUGUGCCUAAAAAGCCCUUUCAGUUCUUGCAUAUUUGGACUCUCCGUGAAUAUCUGGAUUAUGAGAUGAGGAUUCCUAAUCCACCUUUUGAGAUCGAUUUGGAACGCAUAAUUGAUGAUUUUAUCUUCAUUUGCUUCUUUGUUGGUAAUGACUUCUUGCCGCAUAUGCCUACACUUGAGAUUCGUGAGGGUGCAAUCAACUUGCUUAUGGCUGUUUACAAAAAGGAGUUUCGGGUUUUAGGUGGUUACUUGACAGAUGGAAGCAAGCCAAAUCUGAGCAGGGUGGAACACUUUAUUCAAGCUGUGGGAUCAUUUGAAGAUAAAAUAUUCCAGAAAAGGGCACGGCUACAUCAGAGACAAGCUGAAAGAAUAAAGCGUGACAAGUCACAAGCUAAAAGAGGAGAUGAUUCUGAGCCAGUAAAUAGACCUGAAUCUCUUGUUCCAGUUGCUCGAUUCCAUGGUUCUCGCCUUGCUUCUGGUCCUUCGCCUUCUCCCUAUCAACACAAGGGUCCUUCAACUUCUCGUAGGCAUGAUCAACUUGGUCAAGCUACCUCAAGUUUGUCAGUCCUUGACAUCAAGUGCAAACAAUCUGGAGCAAUAAAGGAUGAGAAAUCCUACAUUAGGGCCUCAAAGGUUGCACGGCUUGAAGGUGGAGCCACUAUUGGUGCAGCUAUUGUUGAAGUUGAAAACAAGGAAGAGUUGAAAUCAAAGCUUAAGUUGUUGCUCCGUGAGAAGUCCGAUGUAUUUAAUACAGACAAUGCAGAAGAAGACAAGGUCAAACUGGGGGAACCUGGGUGGAAAGAGAGGUACUACGAAGAUAAGUUUUCUGCAAAAUCUCCUGAGGAACUUGAAGCAGUUCGAAGGGAUGUGGUGUUGAAAUACACUGAAGGGUUAUGUUGGGUUAUGCACUACUACUAUGAAGGAGUCUGUUCCUGGCAAUGGAAAUCCAUACAUUUUUGCAUCAGUCUGCCGAUUUGCUUUUGUAAUACGUGUUUUCAAAUUAUUAACUUCGCUUAUAACAUAGACCUGACUGCAUACUACGCACUCUACAGGUUUUAUCCGUAUCAUUAUGCACCAUUUGCUUCAGACCUUAAGGAUCUUGGACGGCUGGACAUAAGAUUUGAAUUAGGGACCCCAUUCAAGCCGUUCAAUCAGUUGCUGGGGGUUUUCCCUGCUGCAAGUUCUCAUGCUUUGCCUGAGCAGUAUAGGAACUUGAUGAGUGAUCCAACUUCACCUAUAAUUGAUUUUUAUCCUAUUGAUUUUGAAGUAGACAUGAACGGCAAGCGGUUUGCUUGGCAGGGUGUUGCCAAACUGCCUUUCAUUGAUGAGGAGCGUUUACUAGCGGAGGUAGCAAAGAUAGAGCACACACUUACGGAAGAAGAAGCACGAAGAAACAGCGUGAUGUUUAACAUGCUUUUUGUAUCGGUGUCGCACACUCUGUCCCCAUACAUUUUUUCGCUUGAUGAUCGCUGUAAGCAGAUGACGGACCAAGAAAGAGUUCAGGUCAAUGAGCAGAUUGAUCCAGUCGCCAGUGGUGGAAUGAAUGGCUAUAUCUCACUUUGUUCUGGGGAUCCUUGUCCUCCCGUCUUCAGAUCACCUAUUUCAGGGAUGGAGGACAUUGUGAACAAUCAAGUCUUAUGUGCCAUAUACAAACUUCCAGAUGCUCAUGAGCACAUUCCUCGACCGCUCCCUGGUGUCAUUUUUCCAAAGAAGAUUGUGACAAUGGGCGAUUUGAAACCGGCGCCAACACUUUGGCACGAGGAUACUGGAAGGAGGCCAUUUGACAACGGAAGGCAUAGUAAUAAUUCUCAGCAUGGCCCCUCAUCCAGCCGACACUUUUCCGAACACAACAGGCACAAUCCCUCUAACGGAGCCAUUCCCUCCCGACACCCGGCAGAGCCCAACAGGCACAACUACCCCAACGGAGCCAUAUCCGGCCGACAGCUCGGGGAGGCCGCUCAUCGCCUAGUCGUCAACAGCUUACAGUCCAGUCACCAUCCGCCACAUCACAUGCCACCUCAUCAUCCCGCUGGGCAUGGCCCGCGUUACCAUUCUUACCCAAAUCGCCCCUACCCACAAACCCCAACCUAUCCUCCUCCUCACCAUAACAACAGUAGACCACCUUACACUCCACCACCACCACCACACGUUCCCAACAAUCCUCCUCCUCUUCCACCGUACAAUGAGUUUUACAACAGGUCAGCUGCUCACGUGAGGGAUCCACCUCAGCACGGCCACCACUCUCGUCUGGUUCGUCCAUACCCUCCGGUUCGUCCGGGUGCAUAUUAUCAUCAGCCUCAACAGUCGGGUUAUCAUCCUGAAGCCGAACGAUCUCAUGGUGGUGGCCAUAGCAAUAAGAGUGGUGGUGGUAGGUGGGGACCGCCACCACCAGUUAACCCAAAUGCCGGUCGAGGAUAUGGCAAUCCUCGCCAUGGAGGCAACCAAUUCUCGGCACUCGGCAGGGGAGGGAAUAGGCGGCACCCACCUUCUGAUCAUCGGAGAUAGGAAAAGGUGGGGAUUCUUUUCCUUGACUAACCUUAGCUCGUGGGUGUCAGGCAUGGUGAUUGUGUGCGAGAGGUAAGUGUUUAAGAGUUUUCAAUGGUGUGACACACACACUGUGUUUUUAUGCCGGAGAUUGGAUGUGGGAUUAUGGCGAAUAGUGUUUAAGGGAUUCUUUGCGCUCCCCAGGUUUUUCGUUUUAAUAUUUUAUUUU